GGGAUUUGCCAUUGGUCCAGACAAGAGAUUUGAGGCAGGCGUGGACUGAACGAAGGUGAAAAUUCUUGAACAAUCUCACGAGAAAAUAUGAGAUUUUACUGAUUAUUGUUUACAUUGCAAAAACAUGAGAACCGAACCGAAUCGAUCCGGAUUCAACUGAAACGGCUUGCGACAGCACAACUCCCGAAAAAGAUUGGUUUCUCCCCCGCAGCGAGGAAGGCGACUGGAGCCGAACUUUGUUUUGAUCGACCUGAAAGCCAGGACCCGAAAUUCAUCUCACCACCGGGGGAGAAAAAGAUAGGGGGUAACUAACGCUGGCUUAAAGACAUCAUUUAUACCUGGUGAAAAACGCAGGAUCUCGAGGGUCGCCAUUGUGUGGAAGAGAGGUACCCGACAGAGGCACGGUAUGGUCCUCGGGGAGAGGGAUGUGAUGGGGAUCCCCGCCUAAGGAGCACAGAAAGGCGGGUUUGGGAUACCCGGAGUUGUCGAGGCCUCCGAGGGAAUCCUCCGUCGUCUACCUUGCGCCACACCGCGCACCCCCGUGUCUUGAUCGUUAACAAUCAGCACGCGAGGAACGCGGCUGUGGAUGCGGCCUAGCCUGGGAGGGUCUGCCGAGCACCGGGGAAACAACGGGGACGGUUUGAGGGUUAACAACAGGCCCUCCAGAGGACCGUUAAAAUAUUAAUUUACACUAUGAUGGAAGAACUGCAUAGCCUGGACCCCCGACGGCAGGAGCUGUUGGAGGCUCGCUUCACUGGGGUUGGUGUGGCUAAGGGCUCAGGUCAGAAUCAAAAUGAGUCAUCCAAUCAGAGUCUAUGCAGCGUGGGCUCGCUCAGUGACAAGGAGCUAGAGACGCCCGAGAAAAAGGCGAAUGACCAGAGAGUGAGAAAACGGAAAGCAGACCACUUUGACAGCAGCCAGGGCAAAGCGGGAGCAAGGGGGCAUAAAAUUAGUGAUUAUUUUGAGUUUGCGGGAGGUAGCGGUCCUGGUACCAGCCCUGCCAGGGGAAUUCCACCAGUGGUCCGCUCUUCCCCACAACACUCCCUCUCCAACCCCCCUGUCACGGUGCAGCAGGGAAGCCCCUCCUCCAUCAGCUCGGCCAACACAGAGCACUCGUCAUGUUCACUGAAGCCUGUUUCUCUUCACGUGCUCCACAAAGCCACACAGUCUGACCUUACUAUAGAGAAACUAACAGCAAUGGAGAACAACAAGAACUCUGACCUGGAGAAGAAGGAAGGCCGAAUAGACGAUUUGCUUCGGGCAAACUGUGACCUGAGGAGGCAGAUUGAUGAACAGCAGAGGAUGCUGGAGCGAUACAAGGAACGCUUAAAUAAAUGUGUGACCAUGUCUAAGAAGCUGCUGAUUGAAAAAUCAAAACAAGAAAAGAUGGCGUGCCGGGACAAAAGCAUGCAGGACAGGCUUCGACUGGGUCACUUCACCACAGUGAGACAUGGGGCGUCUUUCACUGAGCAGUGGACAGAUGGAUAUGCCUUCCAAAACCUCAUCAAACAACAAGAAAGGAUCAACUCCCAGAGGGAGGACAUUGAAAGGCAGAGGAAGCUGCUGGCUAAACGCAAGCCGCCCUCCAUGGCUCAGACUCCACCUCCAAGCCUAGAGCAAAACAAACGUAAAAGCAAGGCCAACGGAACAGAAAGCGAAGCGUAUGAUGCUUUUGAUUAUUUAUCUUCUCUUUUAUACCGGCUGUUUUCCUCUGCAUUUGUGUUUGAAGUUGCACUUAGUUUGCUUCUAUGUUCUCGCAGAUUAUCACAGGCAGAGUACCACGAGCAAGAGGAAAUUUUCAAACUUAGACUAGGCCAUCUUAAGAAGGAGGAAGCUGAGAUCCAGGCGGAGCUGGAGAGGUUGGAGAGAGUGCGGAACCUGCAUAUUCGUGAACUGAAAAGGAUCCACAAUGAGGAUAAUUCCCAAUUUAAAGAUCACCCUACGCUAAAUGACAGAUACCUACUACUCCAUUUACUUGGACGGGGAGGUUUCAGUGAAGUUUACAAGGCCUUUGACCUAACAGAGCAAAGGUAUGUCGCAGUCAAAAUCCACCAGUUAAACAAGAACUGGAGGGAUGAGAAGAAGGAAAAUUAUCACAAACAUGCAUGCAGAGAAUAUAGAAUCCAUAAAGAGCUGGACCACCCACGAAUAGUUAAACUCUACGACUACUUUUCGCUUGAUACUGACUCGUUCUGCACAGUCCUGGAGUACUGCGAGGGCAAUGACUUGGACUUCUACCUGAAGCAGCACAAGCUUAUGUCAGAGAAAGAGGGCCGCUCCAUCAUCAUGCAGAUUGUUAAUGCCCUCAAGUACCUCAAUGAGAUCAGACCGCCCAUUAUCCACUAUGACCUUAAACCUGGCAACAUCCUCUUGGUGAACGGCACCGCCUGCGGGGAGAUCAAGAUCACAGACUUUGGCCUGUCGAAGAUCAUGGAUGAUGACAGCUACAACUCAGUGGACGGGAUGGAGCUGACAUCACAAGGAGCAGGGACAUACUGGUACCUGCCCCCUGAGUGCUUUGUUGUUGGGAAGGAACCACCCAAAAUCUCCAACAAGGUGGAUGUGUGGUCUGUGGGAGUUAUUUUCUACCAGUGUUUGUACGGCCGAAAGCCCUUUGGCCAUAACCAGUCUCAGCAGGACAUCCUCCAGGAGAACACCAUACUGAAGGCAACAGAUGUGCAGUUUCCUCCUAAACCAGUAGUCACACCUGAAGCUAAGGCCUUUAUAAGGCGCUGUCUAGUCUACCGUAAGGAGGACCGCAUUGAUGUGCACCAGCUGGCCAGUGACCCCUUCCUCAUGCCCCACAUCCGCAAGUCAGUGGCCUCCUCGGGCACUUUGGGCAUGGCUGUUGCCUCCACAUCCAGCUCCUCCAACAGCAGCGCCUCAAACUGAGCCCACACCCCUUAACUGACUGACAGAACCGUUUGCAAGAGUCGAGUGGGUGGGGGGCGACGCCAUACUGUGUCCCCUCCUCCCAACAGCAUCCCACCUUGCCAUGAAGAGUCCAAGCAAAGCUGGUCAGACGACAGCAAGGGGUGCGUGAGAAGUUAUGGAUGGGUUGUGAAGGGAGACCAUGUCACCCCUUCAUCCCUCUCAUGUCCACCCACCCCAGCCUACCUGUCCUCCCUUCUUUAAAGGGUGGUACUGCUCUGGGGGUCAAAGCCCUGGACGACUCGCACAGCAAGGGGCGAGGUUUGGCACUGUGUUGGUUAAAGGUGGGGUUCAGUGUUUGGGAUUUUUCUUUUCUGCUUAAAAAAAAGAAAAUAAAAUGGAGUAUAGAACUGCUUCAGCUUGGCCAGAUGAAAAGGACUGCGGAAGGCCUCAUACACAUUCUCACUCACACACAUACACCCCUGCAUGAGCCAUUCUGGUCUGAGGUAGUCUGAACUCUGCAAGCUCAAACAUUUUGUUUGUUCUCAUCUCCCUGAACCUAACUGAGAGAAACAGUCCGGCCUGUUAUUGUAUUGAACCCCAAAUAUCUAUGGCACUAUGUCAUCUGACUUGCUGCUCUGGGAUCCUCCACCCCCUGCUUAAAUUCCAGACCCAGAUAGUUUGUGACGAGGAGGGACAGAAGCUACUAUCCCCUCCACACCCCUCCCUCCCAUCUCCUCGUCAAACUCCUGUGACCAAAGCUUAUAACUUCCAGCUGGUGGCAGUGUUCCACCUCAGUUUUUAUAUUGAAUGGUUUUAGAGUUGUGUUACGUGAUAUGGAGUGGAAGCUGUUGAGGAAUGACCCCUUUUACAUUUUUUUUUACUUUUCAAUUUAACCAGUUUUAUGGAGAAACUGUUGUUUUUCAAGUUGCCUUUAAUUAGAACUGUUACUGUUUUGAUUGACCCUACCAUACACACACAUAUUUAUUUAGGUAUGUUUUGAAUUUAUUUUUGGCCAAUAAAAUGCAAGUGACUGGUUUACCUUAUAGUACUGUGGGGGAGAUUGGGCCUUAGCAGACAGUUGCAUAAACCAUUAAAUACUAUUGGUUAAAAUGUG